UGCGCUUCAGGCUCUUGCGAGGACUCCUGAAGGCUCAGGAAGCAGCCUGUGGGCUGACACCAGGAGGCGGACCAGGAGGGCGGGCACGCUCUCGCAUCCUCCUGCAAACAGUGGGACCCUUCCCUGAACUCCCCAGAAAACACAGAUCUUUUUCUGGGACCAGCCAGCCGCGCGGCUGAGCAGCCGGCGGGGAACGCCCCCUCCGGUGCUGGGCUCGAGAGAGGCUGGGAGGCGCAGGCAGCUCCCGGGUGCUGAUCCAAGAGGAUUUAACAGACCUCGACCCCCGCGGGGCUACCCGGUGGAAUCCGGGGAGUCUCCGGCUCUCCUGCCCUCGCCGAGAUGCACAACUCGUCGCUCUUGGAGCCCGGCGUGGGCAAUGCAUCCUGCGGCGACUUGGUUCUGGGCUGUCCCAACGGGUCGAACCCGGAGCCUCUGCCGCUGCCUCAGCCGCUGGCGGUGGCAGUGCCCGUCGUCUACACGGUGAUCUGCGUGGUGGGACUGGCGGGCAACUCGGCGGUGCUCUACGUGCUCCUGCGCUCGCCGCGCAUGAAGACCGUCACCAACGUGUUCAUCCUCAACCUGGCGAUCGCCGACGAACUCUUCACCCUCGUGCUGCCCAUCAACAUCGCGGACUUCCUGCUGAGGCGCUGGCCCUUCGGGGAGGUCAUGUGCAAGCUCAUCGUGGCCGUGGACCAGUACAACACCUUCUCUAGCCUCUACUUCCUCGCCGUCAUGAGCGCGGACCGCUACCUGGUAGUUCUGGCCACCGCCGAGUCCCGGCGAGUGUCUGGGCGCACGUACGGCGCCGCGCGUGCUGUCAGCCUGGCGGUGUGGGCGCUGGUGACCCUGGUGGUGCUGCCCUUUGCCGUCUUCGCUCAGCUGGAUGAGGAGCAGGGCAGGCGCCAGUGCGUGCUGGUCUUCCCGGAGCCCGAGGCCUUCUGGUGGCGCGCCAGCCGUCUGUACACGCUGGUGCUGGGCUUCGCCAUCCCGGUGUCCGCCAUCUGCGCCCUCUACACCACCCUGCUGUGCCGGCUGCGUGCGAUCCAGCUGGACAGCCACGCCAAGGCCCUGGACCGUGCCAAGAAGCGCGUGACCCUGCUGGUGGCGGCCAUCCUGGCGGUGUGCCUCCUCUGCUGGACGCCUUACCACCUGAGCACCGUCGUGGCGCUCACCACCGACCUCCCGCAAACGCCCCUGGUCAUCGGCAUCUCUUACUUCAUCACCAGCCUGAGCUAUGCCAACAGCUGCCUCAACCCCUUCCUCUACGCCUUCCUGGACGACAGCUUCCGCAGGAGCCUCCGGCAGCUGGUGUCCUGCCGCGCCGCCGCCUGAUACCCUCUCCAGCCGAGAGGGUGGAACCUUGUUCACGGGAACCCCGGGAGCAGCCCCCGACUUCGUGAGGCCCCCUUCCCGGCUUGCAGACCCGCAGGCCCUACCCAGAACUGAUCUCGGAGUUGCCCAGUCCCGAGGUGGGGCCAGUGAAUACCGAGCCGAGGACAGCGUGGGCCAGGACACCGCCCUGGCUUCCUCCUACAGCUGAGAGCAGGGCUUGACCCUUGACCUUAGGGUGAGUGGCAGGACAGUGUUGUUGAGAGUCUAACUCUUCCUGGGAGCAGGCUCCUAGAUAGUCGCAGGCGCCCCCCGCCGGUGUUCCAGCGCUGGCCUGUGUGUUUUCCUUCUUUGCCUUCCGCGAUGGAUGCCAGUGUUUUUGAUCACGCUGGUGAACAGCCAGACCCUGACCCUUCUUAGGUGCACUCUCACUGCCUGGGAACAAAGUCAAGGCCACGCCUGACUAGAGAGGGGUGUGUAUGUGUGUGGUGGGUGAUGGUGAAGGAGGCUAGACCCUAGCUAUGACCAACAAGAAUAGAAAUAACCACCCACUCCGUCGGCUUCACAACCUUUCCUCUUUCCAUCUCCCGAUUUUACCCUAAAAAGACUGUCACAGAGGCUGCAAGAGCCAAGCGGCCAAGGAAAUCGCCAGAGAGCGAGGUUCCGGCGCCCUCUAGAGGAGCCAGGGAACCAGAGAGUGUGUGAGAGCAGCUUUUGCAGUGGGGUCGCGGCUCUUUACAUCUUGGUCUUAUGUAGCUUCUGUAAAGUACUCCAAAGCCUCCCUCCUGCCUCGUGGCCAUCACUGGCCUCUCGUACGUCUUGGAUAAUUCCCUUGUUGUGGUGUGUACACUUUUUCAGCACCAAGAACUCUGUAAAUAAUACAUGUCUUCAUCUCACAGGCUACUUCCUUAGAGGACUAAGAAAUAAAAGACGUGACCUGUCCCGUCCUCGGUUUCCCUUCCCUGGAUGUUCUUCCAGGACCCCCCUUUGGCGAGAUCCCGCCAUGGGAAUCUCUAGGUUUUUCUCGGCUGGUCACUUGCCUCUGACAGCCUGAGCUUUGUUCAAUUCUAGAGGGAAGCCUUUGAAAACCUGGGGAAUAUCUGUUUUUGAUUUUCCACAAGGCUCUGCCAGCACCUACUUUUAUCUCUGUCUGUGGUCGACCAACUUGGAGGAGUCUACAAUCCACGCCUCAGACAAGAGGCCUGGGAUGACCAGACUCCUCAGUGAUUGCACUGUUUUAAACACUGUUUAGGAUGAUUCACGGGAAGGAAUUACAUGACUUUCAAGGUUUGUUUGUUUGUUUUCCUAUGGGAAAGUUCGGUUUUAUGUAACCAGAGUGUUGCCAGCAGAUUUUGUUUACCUAGUUUGGGACCUCAGCCAAUUUCUGAGUAAUUUACAUUCAAAGUAUCCUUCAAGAGGGAGGCUAAAUCCCUCUCAGGUUUUGAUGUAUGGGAAUUGGUUUCUUGACUCUCAUAACUGUGGAAAAAUUGAGAUAAUUUUCAAGUAUUAGUUGAGAAAGUUAAUCUAGAGGCUGUGUGCCUUGGUUGCAAGUAACAGUGAAUUAUUUAAAAGAAGGUUUUCUGUCAGUCAUGCAUUUGAAACAUAACCACCACAGCCUCAGAAAGGGGCCUCUGCUGUGGUCUUCAAAAGUGUCUGGAAUGUGUUCAUAGUCUUCAAAUUUGUGGGAAGCAUUCUAUAGAUAUUUCUUUAAAACUUCACUUCUGUGUGUGUCCUCUGUAAUUUUUCAAAAUUAGGGUUUUAAAACUUGUGACUUGUAGUUUGUUCAGGGUGACGGAUAAAGGAUACAGUUGAUAUUUGGCCUCAGAUGCAGCCAAACUCUGUCCCCUUAAUUGGAAACUCAGUCUUCGUAAAUGCAGGAACAACACAGAUUAGCUGCUAGGAAAACAUGGGGAUGGACAUUACUCUCUCCCUCAAAACCAAGUACAGACUGGCAGUCUAGUUUGCAUGAAGAAGACCCAGUAUCCGUGUUACUCUGUCUUUCUAAGCCCCUGAUGAUCACUGUAUCACCUCCAAGCUGUCACCUUUUUGUGAGUAUUCGAGGAUUCAGACAAUUUGUCGUAUGCCUUACCUUUGCUGUAUUAAACAAUACAUAGAAUAAAUAAGCAAACGAGCAAUGCAGGAGUGAAAUUUAUAAUUCCAUGUUAAUUCUUGCAGUCUCAGUGUAAACUAUGUUGUUUGGCUUUACCACCUCUCAUAUCUAAAAGUGUGAAUUUUGUUUUACUUAACUUAGUAUAAUUGUAUAAUGUGGGUUUUAUGCUUUCUCGAGAAAUGCAGGAAUUUGCUCAAUGAUCGCAGAAGAUUUCAGUUUAAAAUAAAAGCUGAAACAUUCAGUGUCACAAGUCUAUACUGUGUUUUCAAAACACACCAGA